AUGACACCUCAGUAUAACAUAGCACUCAAGAUAGUUGUGAGGAAUCAGUUUGGAGGAAGAGGUACAAUCCGUAGGGAGGUGGACACUGAUGAUGUUCUAACCAAAGAAGAACAGAUUUAUUUGCUGAAUGAAGCAAAAUCAACAUGUCACAAUCAGAUAAAUGGCCAGAAGGAGCAAAUCCAAGAUGGUCAUUGUUUACCCGAAUGGGAUGGAAUCAUUUGCUGGCCAGCAAGUCUCCCAGGUAAAAAAGUAGCGGUUCUUUGUCCAGACUACAUCUAUGAUUUCAACCAUCAUGAAAGAGCUAAUCAGUCAAAAAGCACUUCUGAUAAAGGCUUUAAUUGUUUAAGUUUCAUGGAGAUGUUUGACCGUCUGCACAUCAUCUAUACUGUUGGCUAUUCUAUCUCCCUGGCCUCCCUUGUGAUUGCUAUGUGUAUCCUUUGCUUCUUCAAGCGCCUUCACUGCAAUCGGAACUAUAUCCAUCUCCACCUUUUUGCCUCUUUCAUCUGCCGAGCUGGGAGCAUCUUUGUGAAAGAUAUAAUUUUAUAUUCUACCUUCCGACCAGAAGGAUUGUUGAAAGGACAAGACCAUGAUUGGGAUGCUGAAGAGCUAACCCUCACUUUGGGAUCCAGAACCCAGUUGGCAGGUUGCAAAGUAGCAGUGACUGUCUUCCUGUAUUUCCUGGCUACCAACCACUAUUGGAUCUUGGUGGAAGGCCUCUACCUCCACAGUUUAAUCUUCAUGGCUUUCCUGUCCAACAAAAGCUACUUGUGGGCCCUCACCCUCAUUGGAUGGGGGUCACCUGCUGUCUUUGUAUCCAUCUGGGCCGGUGUAAGAGCAUCUCUGGCAGAUACACAAUGCUGGGACCUCAGUGCUGGAAACAUGAAAUGGAUCUACCAGGUCCCAAUCUUGGCAGCGAUCAUGGUGAACUUUUUUCUUUUCCUCAACAUUGUGAGAGUCCUGGCAUCCAAAUUAUGGGAAACAAACACAGGGAAAUUAGAUCCACGACAACAAUACAAAAAACUAUUGAAGUCAACCCUAGUCCUGAUGCCCCUCUUUGGUGUCCAUUACAUGGUGUUUAUGGCUACGCCGUACACAGCUGUCUCCAGCACACUUUGGCAGAUACAGAUGCAUUAUGAGAUGCUCUUCAAUUCUUUACAGGGCUUCUUCGUGGCACUAAUUUACUGUUUUUGCAAUGGUGAGGUACAAGCUGAAAUUAAAAAAGCUUGGUUCCGGAGAAAUUUGCUACUGGACAUAAAGCAGAAGACCCGUGUCACCAGCACAGGAGGGAGCUGUUAUUAUGGUGGCUUAGCAUCCCAUGUUACCAAUAGCAUUAGUUUAAGCAUGGCCAGCUGGGGUACAGCCUCUGCAACAGCGAUUGCUAUGCCUUUGGUUGCCAGAAAUUGGCUUAUGCAGUUAGCCAGCAGUGGUGCUACACUGGAAUACUUUCCUGCUUCUUCUACUCUAUAUAACUGCUUGAGUCAGGAGAUGAUGCAAAAAGCUCCUGAGGAGAUAAUUAAGGCUUUGGUGGAUUCUCCAGGCCUAGAAAACAAUUCCUGCUUGAAAAAAGAUAUUGAGACCAUGCUAUAGAGAUUAAAAACACAACCAUCCAUAGAUAGUUAGCAAGUUGCUAGAUUGAAUCCUGAGCUACUCAUCAUUGUAAUGACUAGGGCUAGCUAGAUUACUACUGAUAUGAAAAGAUUAUUUAUUAGCCAUUUCUGACUGGUGUUGUGUGCCUAUAAUUUUAUUAUGGCUCUAGAGGACUGCCUAGGGAGAUAGAUAACAGCUAGCAAAAUUGCAUCUAUUUAUUUCCAAACAUUCUGAUCGGCAAGAGAAAUCUGCCUUCUUGCCCUGCAUUUGCCAGUUCAUCCUCAGCAACAAUGCUUAUCUAUAUAUUCUAGCAGUGAAAAGCAUUUGAUUCUCUCACUUGUAAUAAAUUGUAAUACUUGUAGGGCUCCAAGAUUAAGCAGGCAAAACUGUUAACUAACAUUUCAGCUAAUCAUAAGUAGAGUACUUUCUCAUUUAACCAGUACGGAGUGUGAGAGAAGUAAAUUUGCUUUUGAUGUUCAAUUUUAUUCUUGUGUUGUAGUAUAGUGAGAAAUAAAUGACAAUGUUUCCUUCUAACAUUGAUUUGUUAUUUAAUUAUCAAUUCUACAUCAGUGAUAUACAAUGGAUUUUUAAAAAACAUAUACGGAAGUUUGUCCCAUUUUUCAACAAAUCAUUCCUCCCAACAUGACAGUAACCAUUCUUGAAAAGAAUUGAUUAUUCUGCCAAACUACUGUGGAUUAUACAAUGAAUGAAACAAGCAUUGAUCCAACAGCGUAUUCAACAUACUUUAAGAAAGUACACUUUACUAGUCUACUUGUAUUUGGAAAUGCAGUCUUCAAGGUGAUCUAAAAGAAAAACAGCUGGUAGGAAAAUGUAUGAUUAAACCUUCUGUAUGAAGCACAGAACUUCAGUUAAUGUGAAAAGGAGUAUAUCACAAAAGCCAGCCAGUAUCUCUUAAGGAUCCCAG